AUGAUUGCAAAAAAUUUGAAUCAAGUGUUCGUGUUUCAACCACACCUCCUCCACUUCCACCACCAUCAGCAUUACUACCACACGUCGAGUCUCAUUCGGAAAGCAUCAGGCAUGCUCCUGCAAUAUCCUUCAUUAUUGCCAUCUAAAUUCUCGUCGUCCAUGAAAUUUCUUGAGAAUGGUCAUCAUCCCUCAUCCCUCAUUCAUGUGAUGGACAUUCUACAACUCUCGAGCUCUCUAUUCAAACACAAUCCAUUCCAUUCAGCAGCUACCCUCUUUCAAAAACAAUACUUUUCAUUGAGCUCGAAUUCCAUGCUCGAUGCAUUCCAUGAAUCAAAAAUUUCAAUCCGCAAUCCAAAGAAGCAACUACAAUGGAAAUUCAUACUCAUGCUAUGUGCUUUUCCUGGAUUGAUUUAUGUAUUGUAUUCUGGCAUGAAAAUGAUGAAUAUUUGGAAAUACAACAACAUGACGAGUGUGUCAGGAUCAUUCAUGGAACACUCUGUACAGAAACAACAUUGGAAUGAUCAUUCUACUUUGACGUCGCAGCAGCAUCAUCAUGAAUUAUCUUUGGCGUCAGAAGACGAAAAUUAUUCUAUCGUGAAAGGACUGCUUUAUGAUGUAUUGAAAUUUCCAGUGACAUGCUGUUUAGUGGGCUUAAAUAUUUUCAUCCUAUUGAUCUUUCGAUAG